CUCGAAAAUUACGUUGAGUAUAUGGUCACUAUCAAUCAACGAGCUGAUGUUUACGUGCAACAUAGCUUGACCAAAAAUGGGUCGUACAAGUUCUCCAUUGAGGCACAUGAUGCUGGAAAAAUAAAUACUGCUAGCAUUCGCGUGGAUGUGCUAUCACUGUCUCCAACUACUCGUCGUACUACAAAAAUCACAACCUCAACGACCCAAGAAACCGUUCCUGUCAAAAUAACCACUACCCGGGAAGCAUUGUCGAUCACAACACCUUUGAUAACUACCACGAAGAAUCCUGCGGAUGGCACCACAGUAGAGAGUAAUAUCUCUGAAGUCACUGCUUCUUCUAGCAAUGAGAAUGAAAAUGUUACGAAAACGAAUGAUGAAGGUGAAGCAACAAAGGUGACAGAAAAGAUCAUUGAGAGCACUACUGGUAGAGAGGAGGAAGGUACCACCACUGAAAGCGAAAAAAUUACUGCUGUAGAAAGCGAGGAGAAUGAAAAAUCAGAAGAGAAGUCUACUAUGGAGGUUUCAAAGCCUACCUCCACAGUUGAGGUAACCUCUCUUGAAACUCCUUUGCCAGAAACUUCCACUUCUGGACUAACAACCGAAGAAGAAGUUGAUGUUCGGACCACUGCAGCUGCAUCGGAAGGAGUUGAAGAAGUAACUUCAAAAACCACUGAUAAAGUUCUUGACGAUAGCACUGAGGACGCCCUCUUUACGAUUGCGUCAGACGUCUUCACGGAUCCUCAGCCUUCAUCUACAACAGGUCUUACAUCUACUGAAGGGAAUGCCGUAUCUGAAAAUGAACAGGAAACUACGAGCCCAAAUGAGGGAACUACGAUUUUGACCACUACAGAACUCAGGGAAGAAACAGCCGAGAGCUCAACUAUCAGUAAUGAAGUCACUACUACGGACGAAAGAAAUGGUGCGAAAAUUUUAGAAUUUUCGACACUUUCCGAAGAAUAA